GAGUUGGUCGCGCUGUGUUCGUCAUCGCAGCGCAGCGGACCGUGGCGUCACAGUGUGUAGCAGCUAGCCUGGCCCAGCCCGCGCCGCCGCCGCGCGACCAUUCUCAUUCCCCGCCAGUCGCACGACGCACGAACUGUGUACCGCACUCCACUCUAAAAUGUGUCCCGCGCCCACAGUGUGCUAAUCUCCAAGUGUCAGUGAUUGUGAUAAAUAUACCUACACAUUUAAAAACUUUGUUUAUUCCUACCCGUUGAAGAUCUCAGAGGAUGAUGGCUCCCGAGACAGUAGUGACCGUAGACCACAACAAACCCACGCCGCAGCAAGCCCCGCCGCAGCAACAGGGCAAACCGCUCGACUGGAUCAAAAUUAACACAGAAUACUUCAAAACGCCACCCGGCCUGCUGAAAAUCAUCGAACUGAUCCUGGGCAUCCUUUGCAUGUCGCUGGCGUCGGCGUGGCUGUCGGCGUGGUUCGUGUUCGUGGCCGUCACCAGCUUCAUCACCACCGUCAUGUGGAGCAUCGUCUUCCUGCUCAGCGUCAGGGAGGCGCUCAGGAUUCCCAUUAACUGGGUGCUGUCGGAACUGAUCAGCACGACCAUCGAGACGGUGUUCUACUUCAUCGCCUUCAUCGUGCUGUUCGCGGCCACGGCGGCCUACAGCUCCAGCUUCUACAGCUACGGAGCCAACGUAGCGGCUGCGGUAUUCGGCCUGUUUAACACGGUGGCGUACGCCGGCAGCUCGUACCUGCUGUUCCAGGAGCAUCGGAGCUCCACGGCGGGCGCCGCGUGAGCCCCCCUCCCGCCCCCUACUACUAGCCGGCGACCACAAAGUGUUUCUUCUCGCAGUUACUCUCAGCUGCGAUCUCACCUCUAUUUAUAAAUCUCAAAGUCGUAAUAUUAAGUGUUUAUGAUUCAAGCAACCUUCUGGAUAUUAAUAAAAUUAAUAAAUAUCAGCGGCACACCGAUAGUACACUCGGCUAAAAUUAAUACGAACAAAGUAGAAGCUAGGUAAUAUUGCUGGCUGGCGUGGAUUUGAGACUGCAUUGGUAAAGUUAAGUUUAGACUGUUUUAAUUGCCACCGAGUAGAAAAUAAUCGACCAUAAAUGUCCAGUUUUCUUGAACACUAUCAGAUAUAGCAUAUAAAUGCCGAUUGUACUUAUAUGCCGGCACCGAUUUUUGAAUUCCGAACGCUCGAUUUCUUCACUCGAUAUUCAGCGGUAAACGGUGUAAUUUUUAGGACACGAGUGAUAGACAUUAAGAAAUCGUUUUCAAUUCUAUGAGGUCAAUUGAAACGCCUACUAUUAAUAUUAUUAAUAGUGGAGGUGUUCAUGAACAAAAAACAAGAAUUCCAGCGGCCGAAAUUCAAGAACA